AUGUCGACCGUCAUUGUAUUUGGGCCGACCGGCAACAUCGGUUCCGUCGCAGCCCGCACUGCUCAAGAGCAUGGAGCCAAGGUCAUCUUAGCCAUGCGUGACCUGAAGAAGACCAUACCGGGUCUGAGCUCACAGCAAGAGCAAGCUGGUGGUUUCGAAAGAGUCCAGGCCGAUUUGACGGAUGCCGAUUCCGUCGCUGCAGCGACCAAGAAAUCCGGAGCCAAGCGCGCCUUCAUUUACGCUGCUUUUGGUUCUUCAGACCACAUGAAGUCGACUCUUGAGGCUCUGAAAUCAUCUGGUAUUGAAUUUGUCGUCUUCCUGAGCAGUUACACCAUCUCAGGCGACCCCAAGGACGUCGAACCCAGUGAUCUCAUUCCUUAUAUUCACGCGCAGGUGGAACUCAACCUUGACGAAGUCUUUGGUGUGGAGAAAUAUGUUGCCGUGCGCCCUGGAGGUUUUGCCACAAAUCUUUUGCGCAACAAGAGUGACAUUCACUCUGGGGAGGUUAGGAUUUAUGCACCGAACUUCAAGCUCGAUUGCGUCACGCCUAGUGAUAUGGGUCGUGUCAGUGGAACUAUUCUUGCUCAGGGACCGAAGAAUGGUCAGCGAAAGGUCUAUAUCUAUGGUCCUCAGGUGAUCUCAAUGUCAGACGCCAUUCAAAUUGUUGCGAAGGUUCUGGGCAAGGCUGUUAAGAUUACUACUAUCAACGCGGAGGAGGCCCUGGAGCAACACCUUGGCCAUGGCAUGCCCAAGCCGCUGGCCGAGUAUAUGAUUCGGAGAUUCGGAACUGAUGACGAUGCCAAUGUUCCGCGUGCUCACUACGAGGAGGGUGUCCAGAAUGUGCAGCUUUACACUGGAACCCCUUCAACUGGGUUCGAGGAGUGGGUGACUGCGAACAAAGAUCUCUUCAACGCGUAA